AUGUCUUAGAAAAGCAAGUUUUUUUAGUGGAUUGAUUACAGAGUUCGUAUUACUUUGGGUGACGGACGUAUGUUGGUUGGAACCUUUUUAGCAUUUGACAAACAUUUGAAUGUGAUUCUGAGUGAAUGCGAAGAAUACAGAAUAAGAAAGCAAGGAAUCCACGAAAUCGAAACCAAAAGAACUUUGGGAAUGAUCAUUGUGAGAGGCGAUAAUAUAAUAUCAUUGUCAGCUGAAGCCCCUCCUCAUCAACCUCCAAAGAAACAAGAAUUACAACCAGGACCAGGAAAAGCCCAACCAAUAACAAGACAGGGACCAAAGGGAAUGGGUUUGCCUGGGUAAUAAACUAUGAUGCCUGCAGGAAUGAGUAUGCCUCCGAUGUGA